AUGGCUGCAACGCCCGACUACGCCGGCCACUUCUCGGACCGCAACAUCCCCUUUGGCAUUGCCUCGUCGGCGGCCCAUCCUCAGCACCAAGCGGCUACCCGCAUUGGCAACGCCGUCGUUUUUCUCGCCGACCUGGCCCAUGCCGGCACCUUUGCCAGCGUGGCCGGUCUGCCGGGCGGCGUGUUUGCCGAGGCGACGCUGAACUCGUUUGCUGCGCUGCCGCAGACGGUGCACACGGCCGUGCGGACCACCAUUCAGGCUCUCUGGCGACAAGGCGGCGACGGUGGCGGCCCGUCCCUAUUCCCCAGAAACAGCGUGGAAGACAUCUCGGCUGUCACGCUGCACCUCCCUGUCCACGUCAGCGACUUUGCCGACUUUUCGUGCAGCCUGGAGCACGUCCAGAACGCGGGCCGCAUCAUUAUCCAGGACGGCACGCCGCCGCCGGGCUUCUUCCACUUCCCCAUCGCCUACCAGGGCCGCGCCAGCUCCGUGGUCGUCUCAGGCACGCCCAUUGAGCGCCCCGUGGGCCAGUUCCGGGACCGCUCGACGACCCCGCCGACCGUCGUGGCCGGCCCCUCGCGGCAGAUGGACUACGAAAUGGAGUUUGCCGCCGUCGUCGGGCGGCCCCUGCCCAUGCGCCAGCGCCUGGCGGCUGCCGACGCCGACCCGCACAUCUUUGGCUUUGUCGUGCUCAACGACUGGAGCGCGCGCGACAUCCAGGGCUUCGAGAUGGUGCCGCUGGGGCCGUGCAACGGCAAGAACGCGGGCACCACCAUCUCGCCGUGGAUUGUCACCCUCGACGCGCUGGCGCCGUACGUCGUGCAGGCGGCUCCCACCACGACCGCCACCGUCCAGCCGUGGCUGGCCGAUCCCACACGCACCACCUACGACGUCCAGAUGCAGGUCGCCGUCCAGGGCACGACGGUCGGCACCGCCAACGUAGCGUCCCUCUACUGGAGCCUCCGCCAGAUGCUCGCGCACAUUGUCAGUGCGGGCGCGCCGCUGCGGACGGGCGACCUCCUGGCCACGGGCACGGUGAGCGAGGCCGGCGCCGGCCACCACGGCUGUCUGCUGGAAUCGACCGAGGGCGGCACGCAGCCGGUCGCCCUCGGCGACGGAACCAAACGCGCGUUUCUGCAGGACGGCGACGUCGUGCGGAUGACGGCCGUUGCGGGUGGCGCCGACUCGGGCGUGGGAUGGGGCGCCUGCACGGGCCAGCUCGUGGCCGCAAGGGAGUGGAGUGUGUAG